GGCAGAGGCAGGCGAGGAGACGGAGCGCUCACACACACACACACACACACACUCUCUCAGCGGCAGACAGCAGGAAGGGAUCGGAGUAAAGGAAGAGAAAUCUGCAUUGUCUUUAAGUGACUGUGAGGAGGAAAAGAAGAGGAGAAGAGGAGAGGAAGAAGAGGGUUGUCUUCCUCCAGUGUUUCCAUCCUCCAUCCCUCACUUGGAGCGCAGACAGAGGCAGUCCCACAGACAGAGCUGAGCUUUUUAUAUCUGUCCAAAGAAGAGGAGGUGUGUGUUAUUAUUCCCCUCAUGCCUGCCUGAAGGAGCCUAUGUGUUUUUGGGAGCAUUAACCCUUUACGCUGGGCGACACUGGAGUACUCACACACACAAGGUUCUCCAAUGCCCUCCCCCUCCUGUCCAUCAUCUGUCAUUGACCCAUCACAUCCACAAUCAGCCAAUCCUCAUGACAACCUGUUGUUAGGGGGCGUGGCUGAGCCAGACUCAGAGGAAGAGGAGGAGGAAGAGGAGGAGGAAGGAGAAGAAGAGGAGUAUGCAGCCAGAUUGUAUUUACCUGUAACCCAUGAGUUAUCCAAUCACCACGGCUCCACUCUGCCGCCGGUCCCCCCCCCUCACCGCCAGAAGCCCUCCAUCACAGCUCUCAACCAAUCCCUGGGCUCCUCGCACCACGCUGGCCAUUCACUGAACUCGACACGGCAGAUAACCCCUCCUACUGGAAGCCCGGCUCCUGUGGCCGGCCAAUCACCAGCCGAGCUGCAGACCACGCCCCCCGAGAGCGUCCCGCUGCAGGACAGCUGGGUGCUGGGUAGCAAUGUGCCUCUGGAGACAAGACACUUCCUCUUUAAGACUGGUACAGGCACCACCCCCCUCUUCUCCACGGCAACUCCUGGCUACACUAUGGCAACAGGCUCAGUGUACUCCCCCCCCACCAGGCCGUUGCCGAGGAACACCCUGUCCCGCUCUGCCUUCAAGUUCAAGAAAUCGUCCAAGUACUGCUCAUGGAGGUGUACGGCCCUCAGUGCAGUGGGACUCUCUGUACUGCUCGCCGUCCUGCUCUGUUAUUGUAUAGCGAUGCACCUGUUUGGUCUGAACUGGCAGCUUCAGGAGAGUGAGGGAUACGGAGCAUUUGAAAAUGGAGGAGGGGGAAGAGAUACAACUCCCAACACCUUCAUGGUGUCUACAGACAACGGAAAAAUGUUUCUUCUAGAGAACAACACCAUAGACACGGGGGAGGUGGAUGUUGGGAGGCGAGCCAUACAAGAUGUCCCCCCAGGUGUGUUUUGGAGGUCCCAGCUAUAUAUUGAUCAGCCACAGUUUUUGAAAUUCAACAUCUCCGUGCAGAAGGAUGCUCUUGUUGGAGUCUAUGGACGCAAAGGCCUGCCGCCCUCACACACACAGUACGACUUUGUGGAGCUUCUGGACGGCAGCCGCCUCAUUUCCAAAGACAAGCGGUCGCUCAGUGACACGGAUGCAGGACAUGCUCACGAGGAGGGGUCCGCAGGGGGGGCCCGACACACACGCUCUGUGAACGUGCACGGGGCCGGCUUCAUCCAGUACCUGGACACGGGGAUCUGGCACCUAGCCAUGUACAACGACGGGCGCAACACAGAACAAGUCUCCUAUAACACCAUCGCUAUAGAGUCGAUUAUGGAGUGUCCUCAGAAUUGUCAUGGAAACGGGGAUUGUCUCUCAGGAAUAUGUCACUGUUUCCCAGGAUUCCUAGGGCCUGACUGCUCUCGAGCCGCCUGCCCGGUGCUCUGCAGUGGGAACGGCCAGUACUCCCGCGGCCGCUGCCAGUGCUACAGCGGCUGGAAAGGCACUGAGUGUGAUGUGCCGGUCAACCAGUGCAUCGACAUCCACUGUGGAGGACACGGCAUCUGCAUCGUGGGAGCCUGCAUCUGCAACACCGGCUAUAAGGGCGAUAACUGUGAGGAAGUGGACUGCAUCGACCCCAGCUGCUCGGCUCACGGUGUGUGUAUUCACGGAGAGUGUCACUGUCAGCCGGGCUGGGGGGGGGCCAGCUGUGAGAUAGCUAAGGCCAUGUGUCCUGAUCAGUGCUCGGGCCACGGCACUCACAACGCAGAGACCAGCACCUGCAGCUGCGACCAGAACUGGACCGGGCCCGACUGCUCUCUAGAGGUGUGUGAAGUGGACUGUGGCAGCCAUGGCGUGUGUUACGGCGGUGUGUGUCGAUGCGAGGAGGGCUGGACAGGAAGUGUGUGUGACCAGAAGGCCUGCCAUCCACUGUGCAGCAAGAACGGAGUGUGUAAGGAGGGCAAGUGUGAGUGUGACCAAGGAUGGACAGGGGAGCACUGCAAUAUUGAGGGGUGUCCCGGUCUCUGCAACAACAACGGACGCUGCACUCUGGAGGCCAGUGGGUGGCACUGCAUCUGCCAAUCAGGGUGGAGAGGGGCCGGGUGUCACGUAGCCAUGGAAACACUCUGUACGGAUGGCAAGGACAACGAAGGAGAUGGCUUGACUGACUGUAUGGAUCCAGACUGCUGCCUGCAGCCCUCCUGCCAGAGCCAGUUAUACUGCAGAGGGUCUCCUGACCCGGGGGAGGUGCUGAGCCAGUCCCCGUCCUCAUUGAUUCCUCAGCAGGCUGCCAGGUCUUUCUACCAGCGCAUCCACUUCCUGCUGGGUGCUGAAUCCACUCACGUCAUCACUGGAGACUCUCCGUUCAAUAAAAGCCUGGUGUCGAUAAUUCGCGGUCAGGUGUUGACAGCUGAUGGAACACCUCUGAUUGGAGUCAACGUCACAUUUGUCCACUAUGCUGAACAUGGAUACACUGUGACACGCAAGGAUGGCAUGUUUGAUCUCCUGGCAAACGGCGGAGCUUCCCUAACGUUGAGUUUUGAGCGCGCUCCAUUCCUCACGCAGUACAGAACAGUGUGGGUGCCAUGGAACGUUUUCUAUGUGAUGGACACCCUGGUGAUGAAGAAGGAGGAGAAUGACAUCCCCAGCUGUGACCUGAGUGGCUUCAUCCGACCCAGCCCCGUCAUCGUCGCCUCUCCUCUGUCCACCUUUCACAGAUGUUCCUCUGAGGAUGGCCCCAUCAUACCUGAGACUCAGGUGUUACAAGAAGAAACCUCAAUACCAGGCAGUGAUCUGAACCUGAUCUACCUGAGCUCCAGAGGUGCUGGAUAUAAACCUGUCCUCAAAGUCACCAUGACACAGUCAUCAAUACCUUUCAACCUGAUGAAGGUUCACCUGAUGGUGGCUGUUGUGGGUCGCCUUUUCCAGAAAUGGUUCCCUGCGCAACCGAAUCUAUCCUACACCUUUAUCUGGGACAAGACAGACGCCUAUGGCCAACGCGUCUAUGGACUCUCGGAGGCCGUUGUAUCGGUGGGGUUUGAAUACGAGUCCUGCUUGGACCUGAUCCUGUGGGAGAAGAGGACGGCCAUCUUGCAAGGCUACGAGCUGGAUGCUUCCAACAUGGGAGGAUGGACGCUGGACAAACAUCACAUCCUGGACGUACAAAACGGUAUACUGUACAAGGGCAACGGUGAGAACAUCUUCAUUUCCCAGCAGCCCCCUGUCAUCAGCAGCAUCAUGGGAAACGGCCGUCGCCGCAGCAUCUCCUGCCCCAGCUGUAACGGGCAGGCGGAGGGCAACAAGCUGCUGGCCCCCCUGGCUCUGGCCUGCGGAGCCGAUGGCAGCAUCUUUGUGGGAGACUUCAACUACAUCAGGAGGAUCUUCCCCUCUGGGAAUGUUACCAGUGUCAUGGAGCUGAGCAACAACCCUGCUCACCGGUACUACCUGGCCACGGACCCGGUCACAGGACAGCUGUACGUGUCGGACACUAACUCCCGCCGCAUCUACAGACCCAAGACGCUCAGCGGCGCCCGUGACCUCAUCAGUAAUGGAGAAGUAGUGGCUGGUACAGGUGAACAAUGUCCUCCAUUUGAUGAAGCACGAUGUGGAGAUGGAAGAAAAGCUACAGAGGCACAACUGCUGGGACCUAAAGGGAUUGCAGUAGACAGGAACGGAUUGAUCUACUUUGUGGACGGGACUAUGAUCAGGAAAGUUGAUCGUAAUGGAAUCAUUUCCACGAUGCUGGGCAGCAACGACCUGACCUCUGCACGACCUCUGACCUGCGACACCAGCAUGCACAUAAGACAGGUUCGUUUGGAAUGGCCCACAGAUCUAGCCAUCAAUCCAAUGGAUAACUCCAUCUACGUCCUGGACAACAACGUUGUGCUGCAGAUCACUGAAAACAGACAGGUUCGUAUAGUGGCGGGGCGUCCCAUGCACUGCCAGGUCCCUGGGAUAGAAUACACCAUGGGGAAGAGGGCAGUGCAGACCAUGCUGGAGGGGGCCACAGCCGUCGCCCUGUCCUACAGCGGGGUCCUCUACAUCGCAGAGACGGACGAGAAGAAAAUCCACCGCAUCCGACAGGUGUCCACUGAUGGGGAAAUAACCCAGCUAGCUGGAGAGCCUUCUGACUGUGACUGCAAGAACGAUGCCAACUGUGACUGCUAUCAAACAGGAGACGGCUACGCUAAAGAUGCAAGGCUGAACUGCCCUGCGUCUUUAGUGGUGUCUCCUGAUGGGACCCUGUAUGUGGCUGAUCUGGGAAACAUCCGGAUUCGAGCCAUACGCUGCAACCAACCCCCCACUGGCUCCCUGGCUUCAGGACCCAGCUCCUAUGAAGUGGCCUCCCCCGCCUCCCAGGAGCUCUACGUGUUUGAUGGGAACGGGACUCAUCAGUUCACCAUGUCUCUGGUCACUGGAGACUAUAAAUACAACUUCAGCUACAGCAAUGAGGAGGAUGUUACGGCAGUGACGGACAGCAGUGGGAACACCCUGCGUAUCCGCAGAGACACCAACAGGCUGCCUGUACGCGUGGUCGCCCCUGACAACCAGGUCAUCUGGCUGACCAUCGGGACUAACGGAGGUCUGAAGACUCUCACGGCUCAGGGUCAGGAACUGGUCUUGUUUAGUUACCAUGGAAAACAGCGGCUUGCUGGCUACCAAGAGCAUCAGAUAGGCUGGACCACCUUCUAUGACUAUGACAGCGAGGGACGUCUGAACUAAUGUGACCUUCCCCACCGAGUGGUGACCAAUCUCCACGGCGACAUGUCGUCAGGGGCUGUUGCUGUGGACAUUGAGACGUCAGGGAGGGAUGAGGACGUUCCAUAAAACCAAUCUGUAGUAAUAGACUAAUUCUACACUAUGGUGCAGGACCAGCUUCGUAACAGCUACCAUGUGGGGAGCGACCACUCACUGAGGGUGAUCUAUGCCAAUGGGAUGGACACACACUACCAGACAGAGCCCCACAUACUGGCAGGUGCUGCUAACCCAACUGUAGCCCGACGCAACAUGACGCUGCCAGGAGAGAACGGCCAGAACCUGGUGGAGUGGAGGUUCAGGAAGGAGCAGACCCGGGGGAAAGUCAUCGUGUUCGGGAGGAAGCUCAGGGUGAAUGGUAGGAACCUGCUGUCAGUGGAUUACGACCGUUCGCUGCGAACAGAGAAAAUAUAUGAUGACCACAGGAAGUUCCUGCUGAAGAUCAUCUAUGACACACAAGGCCAUCCCACACUGUGGGUUCCCAGCAGCAAGCUGCUGUCGGUCAACCUCACAUACUCCAGUACGGGGCAGGUGACUGGCCUCCAGAGGGGUCCCACCACAGAGAAGUGGGAGUAUGACAGCCAGGGACGAAUCAUUUCCCGAGUGUUCGCUGACGGGAAGAUUUGGAGCUACACCUACUUGGAUAAGUCCAUGGUGUUGCUGCUGCACAGCCAGCACCAGUACAUCUUUGACUUUGACUCCGGGGACCGUCUGUCCGCGGUCACCAUGCCCAGCGUGGCUCGACACACCAUGCAGACCCUCCGAUCCAUAGGGUACUACAGGAACAUCUACAACCCCCCAGAGAGCAACGCCUCUGUGACUGUGGACUACUCUGAAGAUGGACAGCUCCUCCGAAUUGCCCAUCUAGGCACGGGCCGCCGUAUACUGUACAAAUAUCGCAGACAGAACAAGCUGGCAGAGAUCCUCUAUGACUCCACUCGGGUCAGUUUCACGUAUGAUGAGACGGCUGGUGUUCUUAAGACCGUCAACCUGCAGAGCGAAGGCUUCAUCUGCUCCAUCAGGUACCGGCAGAUCGGCCCUCUGGUCGAUCGGCAAAUCUUCCGCUUCAGCGAGGACGGCAUGGUGAACGCUCGCUUCGACUACACGUACGACAACAGCUUCAGAGUGACCAGCAUGCAGGCUGUGAUCAACGAGACGCCGCUGCCCAUCGACCUGUACCAGUUUGAUGAUAUAUCUGGGAAGGUGGAGCAGUUUGGGAAGUUUGGAGUCAUCUAUUAUGAUAUCAAUCAGAUCAUCUCCACAGCAGUGAUGACAUACACCAAACACUUCGACCAGCACGGCCGCAUCAAGGAGAUCCAGUAUGAGAUCUUCAGGUCUCUGAUGUACUGGAUCACCAUUCAGUACGAUAACAUGGGCCGAGUCACCAAGCGGGAGAUCAAGAUUGGACCAUUUGCCAACACAACCAAAUAUGGAUACGAGUAUGACGUUGAUGGACAGCUACAGACGGUCUCCCUCAACGAGAAGAUGAUGUGGAGAUAUAAUUAUGACCUGAAUGGGAACCUGCAUUUGCUGAACCCGGGCAACAGUGGUCGUCUGACCCCGCUACGCUACGACCUGAGGGACAGAAUCACCCGUCUGGGAGAUAUUCAGUACCGGAUGGAUGAAGACGGCUUCCUGAGGCAGAGAGGAGCUGAGAUAUUUGAAUACAACUCCAAAGGGCUCCUAGUUCGUGUGUACAGUAAGGCGGCCAGCUGGACCAUCCAGUACCGGUAUGAUGGUCUUGGUCGGCGAGUGGCGUCCAGAAACAGUCUGGGCCAACACCUUCAGUUCUUCUACGCUGACCUGAACUACCCCACCAGGAUCACCCACGUCUACAACCACUCCAGCUCCGAGAUCACAUCCUUUUACUACGAUCUGCAGGGCCAUGUGUUUGCCAUGGAGAUCAGCAGUGGAGAGGAGUUCUACAUUGCCUGUGAUAACACUGGGACCCCGCUGGCUGUCUUCAGCAGCAAUGGACUAUUGCUUAAACAGGUGCAGUACACGGCGUAUGGGGAGGUGUACUUUGAUUCUAACCCAGACUUUGUGCUGGUGAUUGGUUUCCACGGAGGUCUGUAUGAUCCUCUCACGCGGCUGCUGCACUUCGGAGACAGAGACUACGACAUCCCUGCUGGAAGGUGGACCACUCCUGACAUCAGCACAUGGACACGUGUUGGUAAAGACCCCCAGCCCUUCAACCUCUACAUGUUCAGAGGCAACAACCCCAUCAGCAAGAUUCACCAGGUCAAAGAGUAUGUCACAGAUGUCAAUAUCUGGUUGGUUACGUUUGGAUUCCAUCUCCACAACGCAAUCCCAGGAUUCCCCAUUCCUAAAUUUGACCUGACGCAGCCGUCACUGGAGAUGAAGAAGAGCCAGCUGUGGGACGACCUGCCUUCCAUCUCGGGGGUCCAGCAGGAGGUGACCCGUCAGUCUCAGGCCUUCCUGUCCUUUGAGCGGAUGCCAGAAAUCCAGCUGAGUCGGCGGCACUCAGACCACACCAAACCCUGGCUGUGGUUCGCCACCGUCAGGUCUCUGAUCGGCAGGGGAGUGAUGCUCGCUGUGAUCCAAGGCCGCGUGGUGACCAACGCCCUCAACAUUGCCAAUGAGGACUGCAUCAAGGUGGCUGCAGUCUUAAACAACGCCUUCUACCUUGAAGACCUGCACUACACCGUAGAGGGCCGGGACACACACUACUUCAUCAAGACCAGCCUGCCGGAGAACGACCUCAGCGCGCUGCGGCUCACCUCAGGCAGGAAGUCGCUGGAGAACGGUGUGAAUGUCACGGUGUCGCAGUCCACCACGGUGAUGAAUGGGAGGACGCGGCGCUUUGCUGAUGUGGAGCUGCAGUACGGCUCUCUGGCGCUCCACGUGCGCUACGGCACCACGCUGGACGAGGAGAAGGCUCGGAUCCUGGAGCAGGCCCGGCAGAGGGCGCUGUCGAGCGCCUGGGCCCGCGAGCAGCAGCGGGUCAGAGACGGAGAGGAGGGGGUCCGGCUGUGGACGGAGGGAGAGAAACGGCAGCUGCUGAGCAGCGGGAAGGUUUUAGGGUUCGACGGAUACUACGUGUUGUCCAUAGAGCAGUACCCUGAGCUAGCUGACAGUGCUAACAACAUGCAGUUCCUACGGCAGAGUGAGAUAGGGAGGAGGUAACACGGCUCACAACGUCUCAUUUCUACCCCACUAUGACUGUCAGACUAACAAAAAGUGAAAAGAAAGGAUUUAUAGUGAAGAUCAUUAUGGAACAUAAUGAAACUACAGAUGUGAUGGUUUAAAACUGUCGUCAUGAGGCUGCAGGAAGGUUCAGUCUUUUGCCUUUUCUCUCUUUCUUUUUCUUUCUAAAUGUUCUUUCUUUCUAUCUGUCGCCCUGUUGUCUGCCUUUAAACAGCCUGCACGCAUGCCCCUCCCCCUCUCUCUGGUAGGCGGGACUAACCUGAUUCAUAAAAUCGUGUGCGUCUAGCUGUGAACCUGUGGGAUGUAGAGACUUGUUUAAUUAGCCAGCGGAGCAUUUCCACAGCCGUCACAGCUAGGUGAGCUCUAAGCAUUUAGACAGUUGUAACUGUCAGCAGUCCUCAGAACAAUGUGCUCGCUCACAGAUGUUGCAGGCUUCUCAUCUGUGAGCCGUCUCUGGGUUAAUGGCCUCUGUGAGCCGUGUCUACAGGAUCUCUUGUUCCAUGGCUGAAGGAACUGGAACUGCUGUUGAACUGAUGUGGACUCUCUAAGACAGACAGGCACAAAAAAAAGACGACAAUUUGUACGAAGGAGAAAAAAAAGACUUGUUUUCUGUUUGGAUUUUUGUUUUGUUUUUAUAUAUUAACUUGCAUUUGCUUCAGACAAAAAGGGGAUUCAAAAAUGAACAAAAAAUGUUUACAUACUAUUACCUAUACCACUAUUACUACUCUUAUUACACCACCAUCACCGCCACCACUGGAAUGGACCAUGAUCUGAACUGAACAAAACUUUUAAGUUGUGUUUUUGUUUCCUCCUUAUCUAUUAUCUGUUGGUCCGUUUGAACCACUCCUUCUCAUCCCCUGUCCUCUUACAAAGUCUAUAAGAAUGUACAGUUUCAGACUACAAUCAGCAGCGGUCUAUGAGGAAACAGGGCCAGCUCGGCUGUUUCUGAUUGGUUGUGGACCCUCAGUCGGGGGUCCUUCACUUCUGCAGAAUGGGACUCAGCCUCAUAAUGCAUCGACCUUGUGCUUUUAUCGGUCAAAGGUAGUAGUAAUGCUUGCAAUAGAAACAUGUUGUCAUGGCUUUGGGGGAGGGUUGCUGUGGGUAGGAACUAAGUGUUGCUUCUCUCCUCGUUUUUGCUGGUUUCUCCUUAAAGGGACAGUGCAUUGCCAUCAGUGACUUUAAUGAGUAACAGUGAUAGAUCAAAAAUCGAUGUGGAUGUUUUCUCAUUGAUUGUGGGUCUCUCUACUCUUAUCUGGAGUUUUCUUUGUGUGUAUGUGUGUUUACCAGGUUGGGACGGCAUCUUUAAUCAUUUUAAAGGAAAGAACAGGAACUUCACACAGCGUUAACAUCAUAUGCCACCAAUCUUUUUUCAAAGACAAGUUGACAAUGUUUUUUAUUUUGAAGCUUGAGAAAUUCCACUUAUCCGUGCAUCAAUAUUAGUCUCAGAGAAAGUAAUUUAUGUACAGUGUUUCUACGGUAAAGAAUAAAAUUCCUUGAAACUACAA